UUUGGGGGGGGGGGGUCUUUCUUUUUUAAAACUCGUCUGCAAUCAUACAAUUAUAUCCUUGUUUUUCGUCACUUAUUAUUUAUAAAUCCAGCUGCCCAGUACUUGCAGGACUUUUGUGACAGCCGAAUAGGUUCAUUGGUAACAUUGCUAUACAUCGGUGUUUAGCUAGACCCGCGCGGUUUUUCUAGCUUCCGGUUUGUUUGUUGGACGAUAAAAAGUUAAAAAAAGAUACAUUUCUUUUAUUUAAUACCUAAAGAAAUACAUACUACAUGAUCAAGUUUGUUGCUGUGUUAAUGAUUGAUCAAAGAUGAAGAUGACCACCAGGGGUUCAUCGGCUUCUGGGAAGGGAGCUGAUGGUAAAUCUGUGAAUCACGGCUGCAAGGAGGUCUCCACUCAGACCAUGCUGAACAUGAGCGAGCUGGACAGAAUUAUGCUUCUGUUUCUGUGUCCACGAACAGAAGCCAGCACACAGACGGAGGGCACCUGUCUGGAAGCAUUGCCAGUGUUUGAUGUAAGACUUGACCUACGGGAAGAUCACACCAACAUGUUGCAUGACGACAGUUGCGAAACAAGUAGAUAUUUGAGUUCUGGGAUAAGUGAUGACUCGCAGGACUGUGAUACCGACAGUGGUGGUGUUGCUGGAAAUGAGACUUCUGUUGAAGAUAAACACGUUUAUGUUCCCAAAGUUAACACUGACGAUAGCACGUCCAAAGAGGUUCAAAACAACUUGGAAAAAGAAUCGGCUGUCAGUGGAAAGGGACCGCUAUUGACACCUCGAACAAGUAAACGAUUGGCACUUAAGAAAAAAUUGUCGUUUUCUUCCAGUGCUAAAAGCAAGAGUGGCAGGAAGUCUAAAGAUGUGAGUAAACACAAAUCUCCAACUCGUCGGACAAAAGAAGUAGAUGCAAUUGAUGAUGAGGCACACAGUAUUACAGAUCAGUCAACAGUUGACCGAUGCAGUGGUAAAAAAGGUGUCGUCUCAUCUAAUGCGAUUUUAGAACCAAGUGAACGUACUUCAGAUGAAGAAAUGUCCCCGUCAGAACAGAGUAAAACCCUUGAUCUCCACGAUUCUGAAGACCGGUGCUGUAAUGUUUGUAAUGAGACUGACUGUAAAUGUACUGACCGACUUAGCCCCUUGCCUGUCGAUUCCCCCAAAAGAGUUCGCACUUGUAAAUUUUGCUCAAAAAAGUUCCGUGAUGUCGGUGACUUUAUGCGACACAAUCGGAUGCACACGAAGGAAAAGCCACAUCAGUGUGAGGAAUGUGGCAGUCGUUUCCGAUGGAAGGCCAGCUAUGUGACACAUCUUCGACAGGUCCAUAAGAUGUCUCUUCAAGAACCGUCCCCCGCAAAGAAAGACGAUGGGAAUAACGAAGUGGGGACACACAAGAAAGGUGCCACGGAUAAGUUGUCAAAAGGCUUAUCUAGAAGAAAGAGACAAAAAAGAACAUUUAAAUGUGAAUCUUGUGGGAAAGUGCUGCGCUGCUUGGCUAAUUUAAACCGCCACCUGCUGACCCAUACAGGAACACGACCUUUCCAGUGCAACCAGUGUCCCAGAGCCUUUACUGAACGAUCAGGUCUUAAGAAUCAUGUACUUCGGAGACAUUCAGAAAAGCAGCAUGUUUGUGACCUCUGCGGUAAACAUUUUGGGAGUAUAGUGUUUCUGAAACAGCACCGGAAGGUACACACAAAACAACGCGAGGAGUUUGUAUGUAAACUCUGCGAGAAGGUCUACACCACAGCCAUUGCACUGGACAUUCACAUGUUGGCUCAUGCUGGCCUGAAACCUUUCGUUUGUGAUAUGUGCGGCAGGAGACUCUACUCGAAAUACCAGCUGAACCGACACAUGAAGCGGCACUACAGCGACCAAGGUUCGUCGACGAAUAAGAAGCGCAUCAAACCGAAAUCUCACGUGUGUAGUGUCUGCAGCAAAGCCUUUGCUUCAUCGUCGCGGUUACAACGCCACCUGUCCACGGUUCACUGCACCGUGAGAGAACAGCAGUGUCCUACCUGUCACAAGGUGUACCCGACCGCGAGCGCGAUGCGCAAGCACGUGAAGGACCACAACGAGGGUCCCUACCAGUGCGAAGUCUGCGAACGCUGGUGGCUCACUAAAGAUACGUACAGCUCACACAUGCGGCUCCACUUUGGCCGGACCAGCUCUAAAGUGUUCGUCUGUGUCCACUGUAACAUGGGCUUCUUUCACAUGAUCGAGCUGGACGACCAUUACAAGAGCCACGCGGAAGACACCACGUUCAGAUGCAUGCACUGCGAGAAGAUAUUCAAGUCGCAAGAGGAGCUGGUGACCCAUCGCAGCAUCCAUCCGAACCAGAAGGUUCCGUUGAACUGUGGCAGGUGUGACAAGCUGUUCGCAACCUUGCAGGAGUUGCGUGCGCAUGAGCGUUGUCACGACAAGCCGUUGGAGUGUGUCGUCUGCGACUUGACCUUCCCCAGUGAAGAGAGUGCGAAGGAACACAUGCAGUGCCACGUCGACGACGGAUCCGUCCUGUCGACCACUGUCCUCAUGUACAAGUGUCCCAAGUGUGGAAAGCUCUUCACAAACAGAGGUGACUAUGACAGCCAUGCUCUAGUCCACGAAGGUACAGAAUACGUGUGCUCGUUUUGCGACAUUGGUUUCGAGAGUGCGAUCGAUUUGGAAAAUCACACCAGCAGCCACGCUGUAGUGAAGCUCGAAGAGCCCGAAGGUCUUAACAGUACGGGGGAACUAGCAGAACACUUCAAAACCCCUCCGGUGUCUGGCAGCGAUGUUCCACAGAUUCAUGUCUUGGGACAAGUACAGCUGCAGAACCCAGUCAAUCUGGAAGCUUUGGUAGCGGCCGACACCAUGCAGGCGGUCAUCCAGUACGAAACGGGCCACAACAGUGAAAACGAUGUCUCCGUUUGCCAGACGUUACAGCUGAACGAUGAGCAGGAAGGCAUAUCGUGCACGGUGUGUGGCAAGAAGUUCUUACUCAUAGAAAACUUUCUCAGUCACUGCCAAGAUCAUCCAGAGAUCGAAGUUACGGUGAAGACACUCUAAGUCACAGGGUCAAAGCGCUGGCUAACAUUUGUUAGUGUAAUUUAAUAGAAAAACCAUGUAUGACGUCAUAAAAAUAACUCACGGUGCUGAUAAUUGUAGGCCUUUAGAUUGCAUUAAACUCAAGGCGUUAAACGUGCCUAAAAUAAGAAGCCAACUAUAGGUGUGCCCAAAUAAAGUUUUUUACUUUUAGUUUAAUAGAAAAACUAUCAGUCUAUGACGUCAUAAAAAAUAACUAAAGGUGCUGGUGAUUGUCAGCCUUUAGAUUGAAUUAAGUCGAGGCGAUAAAUAUGCCCAAAAUAAGUAUGCCAACUAAUAGGUAUGCCAAACUAAAGUUCAAACAAGUUGACCUUUGGCCCAUGUAAAUGUUAAGCUUUAAUUUGAUUAACAAGAUCUCGCUGUGCUCAGAACACAAAAAAACCCUGUUGUGCCAAAAAUAGUGCAAUCCAAAGCCCUGGGCUGUUAAACUUUGUAAUCUAAAGGACAACAACUGAAAUUUUCAGUGUUACUGGCAGAAGGUUUUCAGUCAGUUUAAAAAAUAUUCUGAAAAUAAAAUUACUGUGAUGCCGGUCUAAUCCACAUGCAUAUAAAGUCAUAUUAUUCUAACUUUAUUCCUUACCACUAGUGUUGGAAAUUAUUUUGAAUUUCAUGAUCUAUCAUUGGUUAUAAUCAAUUUGUACCAACCAAUCAACUUCUGAUUAGUACAAUUGGUUAGAAUUGUAUGACUGUCAAAAAGGAUUUUAAUUACUAGGACUGCACCUAUUGUCAUGUUCACCAGAAUGGCCCCAACAAAUUGUUAAAUUAUCUUUAAUAUUUUCAGUACAUGUUUUUUUCAUACACACAUGAAAGCAAACCCAAAGUUGCAUCAUAUAAACUGUAGGAACAGUCAUAGUUAAUAUUUUUCACAACAGUCGAUUAUGGAUAUUAUAAUCACUCAUCACACUAGUCAAUGUUUCAAUUGUAAUUGGCCAUUGGAACAUCACUAGCUGCUACUGCAGUUGGUGAAAAUCCUUAUGAAUUACGUCACUAUUCUAGGGUCGUUUUAAGAAUUGACCGCAAUUAUUUUUUGGUUCAUGCAAGUAUGAACCGAAAAAACGAUGUGCACACUUUUGUAUGAUCCCACGGUUAAAUUUAUAUGCAUACUUUAACAAUACAUAACUGAA